AUGGUAUACGCACCAGGGCCUCGACCCAGACUAUAUUUCCCGACCGCGGUAGGCCCAGGAAGUCGGCGUGACGUGAACGAGGCCGAGGAAAAGUAUCGGCAGAUGGGGUGGGAAGCUAUGCGGGAAACAGUUGCUUAUUACUCAGAGCGGGGCGACUUGCAGAUGAGUGCAGCGCUGUCAACUGUAGGAGGAGUCGAGUUGGGCAUAUCUCCCGAGACUCAUGAAAGGAUUGUUGAUGCCUACCUAGCUGCGUAUGUCCGAAAUACGCCAAAUCCAAGUUUGCAGAGAGGGAAACCACGAAUGUUCCCAUGGGGGCCAUCAAGAAUGUUACCGAUCAUACUAUUUAUCUCGGCCGCUGGCCAACGGGACGGAUCGAGCACGGCAGCAAACUCACGCACGAGUACUAUUCUCGAAUCCGAUCCGAAGAGCGGGACCCCAUCCAUGCAAUCGUUGGGAUUGGGAGCCGAGACAGAAAAACCCUUUGACGAUGCCGCCUCGGUCAAGACCGAGAAAACCCAGGAUACUUUAAUUACAGAUCCCGGAAACAGAAAUAGCAUGGAGCUGCCUGCCCAAGACGAGGACAUCCCUGCGCUGCUGGGUGUGGACAUUAUUGCUGGGCCUCGAACGAUCGUGAAACCGCCGACGUAA